ACACACACACACACACACACCCCUUAGGUUGUACAUUUUGUGAUUGCACAUUACUGUCCCUUUUUUCUGGACUUAAAAAUAAACCCUCAUAUCCUGUUAGAAACAGCGGGGCGUUGCGUAACCCGUGUAAACAUGAGCACGUGGAGAGCAAAGUGGGAAGCUCGAGAAGGAGGAGAAGAAGAAGAAGAAGGAGGACGAGAACAUAACGAUUUCGCCAUUCCGAGCGGAUGUGCAUGUUUUCUGUGCUGAAACGCGCUCAUUUCCGUCGGGCACGAGCUCGAACGGAAGUCCCAGGUUUACACUCCUACAGGUGCCCAACUGUUUACCGAAACCACCCGGGACCUUUCCUCCCCGCCUUACAGCGUCACUCCUGCAGGGACCGAGAUUUAACACCGAGCUGGAGAGGAACACUGAUUCGGUGUCUCGGCAUGGCAAGCGGACCCAGUUUGAUUUUGGCACUUCUUAAUCUUUGCAUCUGUUUUCUGCUGGCAGAAUCUACUUCAUGCUUCAUUAAAGGUGAUGAAGCCUAUUGUGCCCUGAAAAACCUGUAUAAGGUGCCAGUUUUGCCUCCCUAUAUAACUUACUUGGAUCUAACCUUAAAUUACAUUAGUGAAAUCCAUGAGAAAUCCUUCUAUGGUUUGGAAGCGCUACAAAUCCUACUGAUCCAGCAACAGGAAAGACGACUUGUCUUGAGAAAUAAUGCCUUUAGUGGACUGUCCAAUCUGGUACUACUUGAUCUGGCAUACAACAACGACCUACAAGUGGAUCCAGGAGCAUUUAAUGGAUUAUUCAACCUUCGGGUACUCAAUCUUACAGAGUGCAAGUUAAAUGGCUCUAUUCUUUCAGGAGACUACCUGAGACCUCUGGUGUCGCUGGAGCAGCUUUCACUAUCUGGAAAUAAUAUACUUAAAAUCCGUCCCGCAUCUUUCUUCGUCAACAUGAGCAAACUGCAUAUCGUAGACAUCUCUCGUAACUGGAUUAACAGUUUUUGUGAAGAAGAUUUGUUCCAUUUCCAGGGGAAACACUUCACUCUCCUCAAACUGCACGAUAUCAAAAUGACUGACAUGACUCCGUAUUGGUCUGGAUGGAAUAAAUGUGGAAACCCGUUCAAGAACAUGUCUAUGACGCUGCUUGAUUUGUCUCAAAACAGCUUCAGCGUUGACGUCGCAGUGCUGUUCUUCAAAGCAAUCAGAGGAACCAAAAUUCACACUCUGAUCCUUAAUCACAGCGGCAGCAUGGGAAAGGGAGUUUGGUACAACAACCUGAAAGACCCAGACCAGAACACAUUUAUGGACCUGUCCGAGAGUGGCAUUAAGGCUCUGGAUUUGUACAGAGAUGGAAUUUUCGCUCUUAAAAAUUCGGUUUUCCAUCAUAUGCCAGAUCUGGAGGAAAUCUCAUUAGCUGCUAAUUUAAUCAACCAAAUUGAAAGAGAUGCUUUUUAUGGACUGGACAAUUUAAGAAUGCUCAUACUGUCUCAUAACCUUUUGGAUAAAAUUGAUUCUGGAACAUUUGAGAAUUUACGAAGUCUUGAGACACUGGAUUUAUCUAAUAAUAACAUAAGAAUACUUGGGUCUGAGUCAUUUCAAGGACUGCCCAAUCUAGCUCACCUAUUUCUGUCUGAAAAUUCAUUACAAUCCCUGCAUACACUGGCGAAUCUUCCCAAACUUACAGUAAUUUACUUAGAGAGUAACAAAAUCACAUCCCUGCAUGGUCUUCCAAGCCAAGCAAGAAACACCACAACAAUUGAUUUGCGGAACAACAGAUUAAAUAAUGCUUCAAACUUCUACACCAUAUUAGUGGAAUUCCCCAAUAUUGAAAUGAUUUUUCUUGGAGGCAACGUGUUUUCAUGGUGUGUUCUUAAUGCUAACUAUUCUGUUUCACCUUCAAACAAGGUACAAUUUCUCGACCUUCAAGGUACCGGCUUGCAGAACCUCUGGUUACAAGGACGGUGUCUCGACAUGUUUGACCACCUUCACCAGCUGCAGACGCUUCUUCUUCGAAAUAACUUCAUGCAGUCACUUCCAGAAAACAUUUUCAAGGGACUCACCUCUUUGUAUCAUUUAGAUUUAUCCUUCAACUCUCUAACCUAUAUACCUAAUGGCAUAUUUCCUAAAAGUCUGGGGAUGCUCAAACUUGCUUACAAUCAUCUCGGUUCUGUAGAUCCACAAGCCUUCAGCACGCUGACAUUCAUCAGUCUGCAUGGGAACCACUUUCUCUGUGCUUGCGGUCUGAGAGACUUACAGACAUGGUUAAAUCAGACAGAUGUGCAGCUGUCUUACCCUGCUGAGGAACUGAUGUGUGAGUUUCCCGAAGCGCUAAGAGGGAAGCCUCUCCUGCAUGCUAAACUAUGUGAGGACGAAGAGGACGAGAAGAGCAUCGAGGAGCUGAAGCUCACACUUUUCAUCUGCUGCACCGUACUUACUAUACUGACCACAACAGGGGCUAUCGUAUUUGUCCGGCUGCGUGGCUACUGCUUCAAGCUUUACAGAAAGGUGUUUGUUAGAUUCGUGGAGGGAAGCUCGAAAUUGCCCGAUAAGGAUGACUUCAUGUACGACGUCUACUUAUGCUUCAGUUCCAAAGACAUGAAAUGGGUGACAAAGGCACUGUUGAAAAAGCUAGACACACAGUUCUCUGAUCAAAACGACUUACGUUGCUGCUUUGAGGCACGGGACUUCAUACCAGGAGCCGAUCAUCUAUCUAACAUGCGCAACGCAAUCUGGAAGAGUAAGAAAACGUUAUGCGUCUUGUCCAGAGAGUUCCUUAAGGAUGGCUGGUGCUUGGAGGCCUUCAAUCUGGCCCAGACCAAGAUGGAGAAAGAGGUCCGGGAUGUCUUACUGGUGCUUCUAGUGGACAACAUACCACAUUACAGGUUGAUAAAAUACGAACCGGUCAGAACCUACAUCCAGACCAGGAGGUACCUCUGCUGGCCAGAGGAUAGCCAGGACUUGGAGUGGUUUUACAACCAUCUUAAGCAAAGUAUAUUAAAAGACACCAAAAUCAAGCAAGUGAAAAAAGACGUUGAAACAAACCACAACGUGACAAACUGUGAAGCAGUAACUGCUUUUUAAUCCAUGGAUAUAUCAGUGGAAAGAUAUACCAAAAACAUGGUAACACAUAACGUCGUGAAUGUAUUAGUUACUAGAUGAAUGUACCUAUAAAACAGGCAGAUUAAUGUGUACUGAAGAUACAGUAUAUCACUUAGAUAAGAAUCAAAACAUGGGGGUUUUUUAUUUGGGGUGUGAUGUAACAAUAAUAAUCAUUUUUUAUUUACCGACUUACCGUUGAAACUCUUAAGUGGAUAGUGUUUUAUUCCUCUUAUACCACAGCAAUUUGCCGGUGCUUUUUAAAAAAAAAAAAAAAUCCACAUACAAUUACGGUUAAUUUUGCGGAACAUCCUGUUUAUCACCUCCAUCGCCAGCCCCUCUUUUUUCCUCUAAGUUAAUAAGACGAAUAAAUAAAUAAAUAAACCGCAGCUUAUCACGCUGAAAAAUCACAAAGUGUCGAGACACAAAGAUGUCCGAAAACCUGAAACUUUACCUCUCAAUGUUCUGACACUGGAGACUCCUUCCAUAAAUAUUAAAUACAAGACCCUGUGUAAGAUGUUACUAUAUACACUAUAAAGUGUUAGAAAGAGUGCGUUAAUAUAAACCUGUGAUUUGCAGAUGCAUUACUGUCAGGACCGCUGGCCGUUGUGAAAACAACAGUAGAAACGAAUCAAUACUUUCUUAUCAGUUUAGAGAAGUCAAAAGCACUGUGGUGUACCAAAUGUUUAACUACAGUCUAGUGAAACAUCUACAAAUUUGGACAUUUUUGUACUUACCCCAAGUGUAGUUCUUUUGUGUUAUCCAACCUUUAUGUACUGUUCAACCGCACAGCUUCAGGGUAUCUAUGUUAAGAAAUAAUGGGCUUUUUUUUGCAGCAUUGUGGGACAAUUUUGGCCCAUUCCUUUCGGCAAAUUUUCUUCAAUUCCCCACAGUUACGAGAGUCUGCCUGAUGGACUUGCAAUUUUCAAAUCCUCCACAAAUAUUCAACGGCAUUUAAGUCAGUAGAUUGGCUAAGUCAUCCAAGCAACAUAACCUUCUUUAUUAGAAACCAUUUUUAAGUUACGUUGGCUGUAUAUUUGGGGUCGUUGUCCUGGUGAAAUACCCAUCUUCUCACCAGAUUCAGUUCACUGGCCUCCAUUCGUGUCUCCUUCAAUGAUGUAUAAUGCCCAAGUACCGAAACAGACCCAUAUCAUGAUUCUCCCACCUCCGUAUUUCACCGUAGGUAUGGUAUUCUUGGAUUCCUAAGUACAACCCUUCUUUUCUCUAAACAUGAUGUACCGAAGUAUUACCAAAGAGAUGUAUUGAAGUGCUUUAGUAAAAACGCCAAAUUGUGUGGAAUAAGUGUAUACACACAUCAUGACACAGGUGCAGAAUCGGUAUAAGCAAAAGUAUAAAAAAAAAGUAUCAAAUGUGAAUGUACACUUAAGGGUCCAAUUGUGUUUUUGUGAUUGCGCAACUUUACUUUCCCUGGUAAUUACAGGCAUAAAAGUUGUACACUUGACGUUACCAACCUGUAGCAAGCCUCCGAAAGUGCACUUCAAAACUUUUAUCGAGUUGAAGCUCUGUGUGAAACGUCUCCUUUUAACCUACUGUAAAAGCACUGUUGUUUUAAAGGCAUUCAUAGCAACCAUUGAUGAUUCCUUACUGUUUUUUACAUAUACAAUGAAAAUGCUGUGUUAACAGAGUGUGUUAUAAAUAUAUUCUUCAAUUCAAUUCAGUUUGAUUUGUGUAGCGCUUUUAACAACGGAUAUCGUCUCGAAGCAGCUUUACGUAAACAUAUAAACACAGGAUGGAGAUUUUAAGUGUGUGAGUUUAUCCGUAUCGAGCGAGACGGUGGUGACGGUGGUGAGGAAACACCAUCUGAGAUGAUAUGAGGACGAAACCUUGAGAAGAACCGGACUCAGACGGGAACCCGUCCUCAUCUGGGGAACGACGGAUAGUGUGAGAGUAAAAGAAAGUUCAUUAUGGGUUUUAUAUGAAGUCUGUUCGUUGAACUAGUCCACUGUUCACUAAAGGAGACUUGAGUGUAAAACCGCAUGUGGUGAUUGCAGUCCCAAGGCCAUCGCUGCAACCACAGCGAGAACGUCCAUGUGGAAUUGAGGUCCGAAACCAUCUCCAUGGUACUUCAUCAAUGAGUUACAUGUGUUUUUAACUUCUUUUCCAAAAGUUACAAAUAAUCUUAAGCAUCAUAGUCGGAUAAGUAAAGCGACACGUUUACCAACAUUUAAAUGUACACGAUAAGACCUUACCCAAAAUGUAGUGGAUCAGAUAUGUUUUGUGUCCAUAGUUUGAAGCAACCUGGCUAACGUAGCUAAUACAUAAGAGGAACGUGUAGUCUUUAGUGUUGCAUUGUGGCAACUUAGUCAGCUUUACGAUGGUAUUCGGUGUCUCAAACGGAUUUGCUAAUGUGUUUUCUGACACCGUGUUCUCUAUAAACGUGGACGGCAGGAUGUUGCAGAGCUGCAAGCAGUUUUAUGUACAUCUGGAAGCCAAAGCACUUUCUGGUUCAGCACGUAGUUUGAUGUCACUCAGCCUAAAGUCGGAAGUGCUUCAGAUGAUAAUACUAGUUCCAUAAUAAACAAUGCCCUCUGAGGUGAACGUUUAAUGAUUUACACACGAACGAUGCAAAGCUGGAGGUUUUACUCGUUAACUACAAUCCCUUUCAUAACGGAAGGGAUUGUAGAAAGAAGGAAGUUCUUGCAAGGUAUUCGGUAUGGCUUCCGAAGCUCUAGUGUUGCAAUGCUUGUGUUGCAACAGCAGGCCAGUCUAAGAAAAUCUGUCCUGACACAAGAACACCCAUGUAAUCACACGUACACGAUUAG